CCGGCUAGGCCCGGGGGGCGUUCCCGCAGACGGGCCGUGCCGGGCGCCGCCAUGGAGCUGGGCGAGAUGCUCUACAACAAGUCCGAGUACAUCGAGACGGCCUCCGGGAACAAGGUGAGCCGGCAGUCGGUGCUGUGCGGGAGCCAGAACAUCGUCCUCAACGGCAAGACCAUCGUCAUGAACGACUGCAUCAUCCGGGGGGACCUGGCCAACGUGCGCGUCGGGCGGCACUGCGUGGUAAAGAGCCGGAGCGUCAUCAGGCCCCCCUUCAAGAAAUUCAGCAAAGGGGUCGCCUUCUUCCCUCUGCACAUCGGGGAUCACGUCUUCAUUGAGGAGGAUUGUGUUGUCAAUGCGGCUCAGAUUGGCUCCUAUGUCCACAUAGGCAAGAACUGUGUCAUUGGUCGCAGGUGUGUGCUGAAAGACUGCUGCAGAAUCCUUGACAACACAGUGUUGCCCCCGGAAACAGUGGUCCCGCCUUUCACCAUCUUCUCUGGCUGUCCAGGGCUCUUCUCGGGGGAGCUGCCUGAGUGCACGCAGGAGCUGAUGAUCGAUGUCACCAAGAGCUACUACCAAAAAUUCCUGCCCCUCACCCAGAUUUGAGAAACUCCUCCUCUGGUGGGGGGCUCAGGACUGGCGUGGCCUAUGUGGGCCUGCAGGCAACUAGCUCCAGAGCUGGCCAGCAGGCCUGCCAAAAGCUUCCCAGUCAGGCCACCUUCCUUGGUGGUGACAUCCUCCCUCCUGGACUGACCAGGCCCUCCUUGCCAGAAGUUCUUCUGGUUUCCUCUAGAUGGUUGGAAGAGGCUGCCUUGUCCUGGCUCCCCUCAAUGUGCUCCAUGAUGGUUUCACUCUAAAUCCGCUUCCUUCUGUUGAGCAGAAGAGUGAAGCACUUGUGUUUGCGGGGUGGGUUGCUGCUCUUGUUCUGGCUGGUCCUUCUCGCUCAAUCACAAUCCUCCCUUGAGGAGGUCCUGGCCAGCCGCCUUGCUGCCGUUUGUUCUGUUCUGGAGCCCCUCGGAGCUUCCCUCGGAUGCUGUCAAGGCGUCUCUUCAGGCCCCAGUUGUGGAAGUGGCUGCAGCCCAAAUCCAGAGCUCUGUUUUGUGGGCUGUUAAUCAAAGCGGAUCUUUUCUCCUUCUAUUUUUUGUGGGGUAACCUGAGCUGGCAGGGCAAGAUCACACCCUUCUCUAAGGAACAGCAACUGCGCCCUCCAACCGAUGGUCACUUUGGAGAAACUGGGCAAGAGGAAAGGGCCGUGUGGUCAUUGGGUUGGGGAGAUUAGCUACUUAGGGGGAGAGCAGCUGCCAGGCAAACGAGGUGCAAACGGUCCCUGGGGGAGGUGCAGCCCUUUCCUUGCCCUACCCUCUCUCAGCUCUUCCCAGGGCUUUGCUUUCUUCCCCCACUCCAAUAGGUUAAGCAGCCUAGUCAGGUUGUCUUCGUUCUUUGUCUUCUUGUGCUGCCACUUUCUGCAUGUUAAACGUCAGCUUAAGUUGCUCCAGGCUCUGUGUGUGGGCACACUCACACACCUGUAUGUGUUGGCCUGUGAACCUCCCCUGGGUAUUAACCAUCCAGGGACCAUUGGAGACAUUGUAGGAACCUUUACUCACUGCACAGGUGCUCUUUGGUUUGUAGACCUUUACUUGUAUGUAUAUUAAAGUCUGAAUUGCCCAACCAACCAUGUUGACAGUGGUGGUUCUCUCACAUGGGUCUCUGGGGAGGAUCGGUUGCCUGGCCACUCAGCUGCUCCAUGUGCCCAGGAGGCCCAGUGCUUGACAUGGCUGGGAUACCCUUGGAUGAGACUCUGAAAUGGGUUGGGCCCAAAAGCCGCCAAGCCCUCCUCUUUUUCCACCUCUGGAGGAGGGAUCUAUGGCUUGCCAAACCUGCCAUGAAAAUUGGAGUUGCCGACAAAUUCCAAAAACUAUCUUCGAUUCACCUUUCUUCCCUGGAAGUCGUCUCAACUAACCUGGACAUCUCCCCCUGACUGGUCAAUGGCCCUGGGGAUGUGGACGCUUCCUUGGUCACAACUCUCAGCUCUUCAUGUUUGUUAUGGACGCUAAUCAUCUUUUAAAGACCCCAUAAAUCUCUUGCACGAUAGAGUCUUGGGCAACCGAAUAGAGCUGUGUGUUUACUGGCCAGAUGCCCUUCCUAUCACCAAUGCGGAGAUUGUUUCAGCAGAUAUAUUCUCAUUGUGACAAAGAGAAACAUGUACCUCCACUCACAGCCUCCUGAUUGUGAGGUGAGAGUGCCACCUCUAGGCCACCACACCACUCCUUUGUUAUGAAUGCUAAUGCUACUUCUAUUAUUAUAAUACCACAGAACUUGGCAAGUGUGAAUAGCGCCCCCCCCCACGAAGAACUUGGGAAGGUCCCAUCUGAGAUGCUUUUUCCAGUUAUGUUUCUGCCCUGGACUCAGGUUUCAUUUAUCUGAUAGUUGUCUUGGUCGCACUUUUUUUCCUAUUCCUCAAGGAUAUUCCUUCUCAUUACACACACACACACACCCGCCUCCUUAACUCCAGGUGUCUUGCUAUCUUCAGGGAAGGUUAUCUUCAUACACGUACAUUCAGGGUUUCUGGAACUCUGAAAAAUUCAAGUAACUGCCUCAUAUAAAAGGUGGCUGGGAAAAUCUCUUGCAGGUAAUUCUUCUAAGAGCCACAGUGGUGCAGUAGUUAGAAUGCAGUACUGCAGCUUCUGCUGCCUGCCAGCUGCCUGUAAUUUGGUAGU